AUGUCCGGGAAAUCAAACCCAGCCAAUCAGGCACGGUAUAUCAAUGACUUCAGUAAGGCUCUUGCGAACGAGGUCCGCAUUCUCCUCCAGGAGGUCGGGAAGCUACGUGAUGAGCGCAGGCAACUGCAAUACGAGAUCGCGGAACUCAUGAGCGUGAAGUCGAAGCAUGGCGCCGGAGGCGAGUACACUCCCGACUGGCAACCACCUCUUGAACAGCCGCCUCCACCACCCGCCGUUGAGGCACCACCCGCGCCGCAGAGUGUAGCUGGCGACGGCCCUGCUCGCCCUGCGUGGCGCACUGUCAACGUCCGUCAGGAGCGCCGUCAGAAGGCGAAGGCGAAGGCACUGCCGGCGCCCCAGAUCCCCGCGCCCAUCCCGGAGCCGCCAACCCCGAACUUGCCUGCGUGGGCUCAGUGGAAACCGAAUCCGCUCCUCUCCCCGCAGCCCAUCCCCGGUACAACGGCUUCGCCCCUGCCUACUGAGAUGGCACCGCCUCGCAUGGGUCUCUUCGGACCUCCAUCGCCUCCCCCUAAGUAA